AUGUUUAUCCCAACCAACCUUAGUCAAACCAACACUUUCAUUCUUGACAUGGUAUCACCUAGCGCCCUUAGCGCUUGCCUGUUCCGUCACGAAGCGCCCAUAGCGCUCGUAGUGCCUGUCGCGUCGCGUCCCCUGCCCAUCGCGUCGCACUGCCCGUCCCGUCCCCUGCGCGUCGCGCUGCCGUACCGUCCCGUCCCCUGCGCGUCGCGCUGCCCGUACCGUCCCCUUCCCUUGCGCGUCGCGGUGCCCGUCCCGUUCCCCCCAUCCGUCAGGGCGUCGCGCUGCCCGUACCGUCGCGUCCCCUGCGCGUCGCGCUGCCCGUCCCGUCCUCUGCGCGUCGCGCUACCCGUCGCGUUUCGUCCCCUGCCCGUCGCAUCUCGUCCCCCCCUCCCGUCGAGUCACCCCCAGCCCGUCGAGUCGCCCCCAGCCCGUCGCGUCGCGCCCUGCUGUCCCGUCGAGUUGUGUCCUACCCAUCCCGUCGCGUCGCGCCCUGUUGUCCCGUCGCGUCGCGCCUUCCGCUCAACCUAUCGCACCCUGCUCGGACCCUCUAGGCGUUUAGGGCCGCUCGAGUUCUCAGUCUUGCUCCUGCGUGCGCGCCGCCUUCUAGAGAUCCAGGUUCAGGCACACGAGACUCUGUGGGCGCACGCUUCCGGUGACCUUCCUGAGCCUGCUGACCCUGCACCCUUAGCAGCUGACCCCACACCUGCAGACAGUGACCGUUAUGCACGCGAGCAUGCUGACGUGACCGCGGCCAGUGAGUUCCUGAGUGCGAUCAAGGCCCACUACGCUACUCCCACCACUGUCUCUCUUGGUCGCCUGUUCCUUCCGUUCCUGUUUCCUGACCUCGCCUCGUUUGAGCGCACUACUGUCUUGAUUACUCAUCUGCGCUCGCACGAUUCUAGCUACCACGCUACUUGCACUGACGCACAGCUUGCAGUGCUCCCUCCCCCCAAGGCGAUUACUAUCUAUUUCAUCGCCACUAGCCUCCCUGACCGCCUUGCCUCGGUUUGUGACGUGCUCCUUCUGAACCACCAUAGCGAGCUCACUAUCGAGGUCCUUGAGUCUGCCCUCAAGGACGUCGAGAGCAACCUCCGCUCGGUAGCCUCUGCCUCUGGUGUUGUGCCCCCUCCACUGUUUCACGGGUGCACUGUCCCUCAGCUCGCCUCCCUCGCCGCUACUGACGUGACCGCAACUGCUGUUACGACGUCUUCGCGGUCUCGGGGUAGGAGUGGCAGGAGGGGCGGUCUGGGUGUGGGUGGAGGCGGCGGAGGCGGUGGGGGUGACGUGGCGAGCGGCGGCAGCGGGAGUGCAGGGGCUGGAGGAGUGCCUCGUGCAGUGGCCGGUGACUCCCCUGCUGCAGCUGGUGGAGCAACAGCUGCAGCACCAGCAGCCCCUCCCCUCGCAGCAACCCCUCCCCUCGCAGCAGCAGCAGCAGCAGCAGCAGCGGCGGUGGUGGCGGCAGCAGCAGCAGCAAUAGCAGCAGCAGCAGCAGCAGCAGCAGCAGCAGCAACAGCAGCAGCAGCAGCAGCAGCAGCAGCAGCAGCAGCAGCAGCAGCGGCAGUGGCAGCAGCAGCGGCAGCAGCAGCAGCAACAGCCACUGCCCCCGACCCCUGUCACUGCCCCCCGUCAGGUCCCUGCGUCUCACCAGGUUGCCGCGUCUCCCCAGGUAGCAGUUUCUAG